AUGUCUUCUGUUCCUUGUGUGGUCGACGAUUUGAUGGGAUCAAAAGUGACGAGAGUAGCUGCUGGAAGAUGUCAUACGAUUGCGGUUGUAAAAGGCCGCGUCUACACGUUUGGUCUCAACUCAUCUGGGCAACUCGGGAAUGGGACCUCGCAGAAGCAGCUAACUCCUUCAUCGCUAGAGAAUUGUGACCAAGUUACGGCAAUUUUUACUGGAUGGGAUCACACAUUUAUUGUGAGAACGGCCGGACUAUUGGAUCUUCACCCUGGACAUUCAGCGAUUCUCCGCUAUCCAAUGCUCUUGUCUAAAGCGCGAAUUGCCGAUUACCUUUCUCGGCGCGAAAAAAUGGACCUUAUUGGUGAUCUCGAAGUUGCCUUUUCGUCGCUUUCCCUUUUGAAUGGCUCAUUUUUAUAUGAGGAUGAACGGCGAUACAAAAUUGACGAGAAAAAUCACGGAGUCAACUUGGACGAUGUAAUGGAUGCGAUGAAUUUACUUGGGCAAAGUUCGGACUCGAAACAAUUUUCGGAAUUGAUCGUUGACGGUUGCAAAGAAUCUUUCUUUGGCAAGGACUUUUAUCCGAAAACUUUUAUUUCCGAUGAGUGUUUGAGAGGAUUUCUAAUUUUGCCAUGGUUAAACUCCUUUGUAUCGAAUUUGAACAAAGAUGUGAUUGAGCGAUUGCACAUUCCUUUAUCAAAAGCCUUCAAACAACUUCAACCAGCGCAACAGGAUACACUUGAAAAGUGGUGGAAACUCGUGCCGGUGCGUCACUUUAAUCGAAUCGUCAGCGGACUUGUGGCCGCAGUUAGCAAAUCGUUGGAAAGAAAUCCGGACAUUACGAGAAAUUUGCCACUCCUUGAGGUGUUGACUCGGCUCAAUAAAUUGAACAGUUCAAUCAACAAAAUUCCAUUCGAGAGCUUUUACGUGGACAUUCUUAGCGAAAAGGUUGACCUCAAGAUGGAUUAUUGUCGAUGGACGGCUUAUAAUCAACAAGGUCGAUCAGGCGAACAUUUUUGGUCUGAUUUCCCAUUUAUUCUUAAUGGUCCGGCGAAGGGAGAUCUUUUACAUGUCGAUGCGUCAUUGAGGCAACAGGUGAUGGUGAGCAAUUCGUAUGUGAACUUGUUUGGUCAUCAGGUGCUCGUGCAAAAUCCAAUGUUCCACUAUCGGGUACGCAGGAAACACAUCGUUGAAGAUACAGUCACAAUUUUGCCACAAGUUCCACUGGAAACUCUUCAAAAACCACUCCGAGUCGAAUUUGCCGGCGAAGAGGGGGAAGACGGUGGAGGAAUUCGAAAAGAAUACUUCAUGCUUCUUUUUCAACAAAUUUUACAACCCGAGUAUGGGAUGUUCAACGAAGACUCUGAAUCUCAUCUUGUUUGGUUUAGUGGAAACACGUCGGAGUCGCAUGAGUUUAAGAUGGUAGGAACCCUUACUGCUUUGGCCGUCUACAACAAUGUACUUGUCGAUUUCCCGUUUCCACUUGCCUUGUAUAAACUGUUAUUAAAACAAAAAGUUGGUCUUGACGACUUUUGCGAGUUGCAUCCAACCGAAGGCAAAGGAUUACAGUCACUACUCGAUUAUGAAGAGGAUAAUAUGGAAGACGUGUUCGAUUUGAUGUUCUCAAUUACUCAUUUGGUUUACGGACAUCCCACCGAAAUCGAAUUGAAGCCAGGCGGAAAAGAUAUCCCAGUGAAUCAACAAAAUAAGCAAGAAUAUGUGGAAUUGUACGUGAAAUCUCGACUUGAGGGAGGUGUAAAUGGAGAAAUCGGGAAACAAUUUGAAUACUUUCGGCAAGGUUUCACGGCCGUCAUGAAGUCACGGCUUGUCAACCUUUUUCAACCACGAGAAUUGAUGGAAUUGGUGUCGGGAAGUGAGAAUUAUGAUUGGACUGAAUUCAGAGAGAUUGUUCAAUACGAUGGUGUCUAUCAUGCUUCGCACCCGGCAAUUCUCGCUUUCUGGGAAGCUUUUCAAGAAUUGAAUCAAGAGGAAAGAAAGAAAUUCCUUCAAUUUUUGUCCGGAACCACAAGAUUGCCAGUGAAAGGCAUGAAAGAACUGAAAGUCAAGUUUCAACCGAGUUCUCCCACCGCGCUUCCCGUUGCUCACACCUGUGCUAACAUUCUGGACCUGCCAAAUAUCAACAACAAGACAGAAAUGCUCAGACGACUUCGAAUCUCAUUGGAACACACUUCCGGGUUCACACUUGUA